AUGAAUUAUUCAAUUGGUCGAGAUGCUACAGAAGUAGCCUCAGCCGUAGGAGUGGAGACCGGAAGCUCUCGAGUAGGCUCACUGAUUAUCGGUGACCCGAUAAACUUCGUGAUACUUUCCGUUACCAAUAUUCUUCUCUCCUGGCUCCUUUAUUUUACUCUCAUGUGCCUGAGACUGGUGUCAAUCAGACUUUUCACAUUCAUAUCCACUCAGGUACUUCCUACGUCAAGCGCAGACAUAGAAGGCCACCAAUGGCUGCAUGCAAUUGGUAUCAGUGAGGCGUGCCAUGAUUGGGAGUCGCUCUGUGACAACCUCCACAAUGAGAUCGUAAUCGACCAAACACUUCUUCUAUCCAGUAUCUUUCAUGACGCAGAAUGCGUCAAAGCUCGCCUGGCAAGUUUUGUCAAAAUCCAGGUAUAUCGAACACAGCACCAAGCCGAUACCACCCACAGAAAAUUCACCAGGAUUGUGUCCAAACUUACGGACUUGGGAUUUUUGCAGGUGUCGGAGCAGGAGAAAGCGUGGCCUCACCAGUUGGCUAUCCACCAUCAGCUGGCUGACCUGGACCGGUAUCUUCGGGAUAUAGAGUCUCGUGACACCAACCCGUUUAUAGUCUGGUGUGCCCGUCGGAGCUUGCCCUGGGACUACGAGAAUGCUAUUGCCAAUUGUCAGUCUCUUGCAUGGCGCUGGUAUAUGUGCGCUGAGAUGAUCGAAGAUCUUGAUCGGCGCGUCACCGUUUUGUCCUUUUCUUUUCGUACGUGGCUUGAUAAGGACAUGACUAUGCAUACAUGGUGGCCUUCGUUGGAUGUUUGA